UCGGGCUGAUUUUGUCGCCGAUCGUUCCGUGUCGGACUAAAUUGCAUCGUCAGAUCAGCUCAUGGCCAGCUAAACUCUUAUCGUCUAUCGGCCCACGCGGAUGCCGAGGUUCAGAGAUAUACCUGUCAACUGCCCCAACGGAAUUACAGCUUGGGGGAAACAUGUUCUUUAAUUACGAAAAUCUUUCAGCCUCAUUUUUGGAGAAAUGUACUAACUCUUUGAAACUUUGCAUAGGCGUCUGUCAGCAUCAUGCAGGCCUCGUCGACGAACCAACACAAUAACCAGCCUCUCGCUGCUGCUUUCAGCGGCGUAGCAUCAACACCAUAUUCCCUCUUCGAGAUCAGACUUGAACGGGAAUUUGUCGUCUUUUGGGGUAGCCGAUAUGAAUCAACAGAUCAACUACUCAAGGGCGUCGUAGUCUUAUGCUUACAAUCGCCGCUCAAGCUCGAGGAAGUCAGACUACGUCUUGAUGGUACUGUACGCCAUGCGUGGCUCAACGAUCCCGGCGUGGCCCAUAACACGAGCAUCAUGAAGCACAAAUGGCCCUCAUUGAUGGAAACUGGUGGCAAGAGCGUCACUCUACCAGCGGGCAACUACGAAUGGCCCUUCGAACUGAUGAUGGCGGGAGAUACUUCCGAGAGCCUUGAGGGGAUCCGGGAUGCUUCCAUCACGUAUGGUUUGAGAGCAACUAUCUGCAGAGGCAAGCUUGCUAGACAUAUCAGCUGCAGCAAGAAGCUUCGAAUUAUCCGCACAUUUGCGCCGACUGCCUUGGAGUUUAUGCAUAAUAUGAGCGUUGAGCAGACAUGGAUCAACAAAGUCGACUACUCUGUCUCCAUACCGACAAAAGCUGCUGUGUUUGGAGGGUCCAUUGUUCUCGAAACACGAUUUACACCACUGGUCAAAGGGCUCGAAAUUGAAAGGAUCGUCGCAACUUUGGUGGAGUUUCAGGAGUUCAGCAUGCACAGCAGACACUACAUCUAUACAAGAGAACACAAAAGCAAACGCGAGAUUUCCCAAUGGGACUUCGAGAUGUCAAGAGAGCAAUACUGGCAAGACACUAUAGAGGAAACGGGUCAAGAGGGAUGGGUCGUGAAGAAGACGCUGCAACUACCGAAGAGACUCAGCGAAUGCAUUCAGGACAUAGACGCACAAGGGAUCAGGGUCUACCAUAAACUCAAGAUACACAUUCCUAUUCGGAAUCAGGAUGGGCAUGUCUCCCAUCUUGACUUGGGCAUUCCGGUCAAUAUCUUCAUUUCACCGUCCAUCACUCUUGACGACCAAGGCAACUUGAUAGACCAAGCCCCUAGUACACAAGGACCACCAAGCGAGCUAAUAGGCCCACCAGUGUAUGGUGAGCAUAUUUUAGAUCAGCUAUAUGACAGUCUAGAGGACUGGCAAAUCCCUGGCCAAGGCCCCCAUCAAGGUGAGGGGGAAGGAUCUGGUACCAGCACUCCUCAUCACACAGACUCGAAUGAGAGCCAGACAUACGAGAGCUCCAACACGUUUGAACCGUCACAGUCAAGUCAGAGUCACGAUCCAUCGCGCAGCUCAUCUGAAACUGUGUCUACGGAUUCAGAAGAACUUGCUCAGCUGAGCAAAGUUCCGACAUACCGCACAGCGCUUCGAACUCCCUUGCAACCACAUAACCAGCAAGGCGGAGCUCUGCCUCCCGAUUACAGAACGGCAGCGGGAGCAGUAGCGAAUGAUAGCUGACCUUGCAUUGCUGCAAUCGUUUUUGAACUGGUUCCUGUGGGCGCCAGAGCUGUGUAUUCGUCUCGCCUUGUCAUUAUGGGGAAUGUGUGGUUUCAACUGGGCGAAGGGCAGUGGAAUUACUCAGUGAUACAAGAGAUUAUGCCUAGAUUGUAUUAUUACCUUAUAUUUCAUGUUUCGUACGCAGUAUCUCAAAGAACAGUCGUUCGCUACGUAGACCUUACAAUUCGAGCGGCUUUCGGUCUUGCUUGGUGCUGUCGUGUCACUGAGUUAGUAAUGGCAUGGUCCAAGGUUCUCUUCAGCCAUUACAACUCCGUAGGGUUAUGACUUAUGAUUCAAUUUAUUAAAUCUUCAUG